AUGUUUGGAAAGGCUCGAUCUUCCAUUCCCGUACCAGGUAUUAAAAGUGGCAUUCCAAUGAAGAGAAAUGCUCAACCGACCUCGACCGGACGCUCGACGCAAGCCGGUACUAGUUCAGGAAUACCUGUAGCUUCCAAGGUUAGAAAACAAGCCAUUAUUUUACAUGUAACUACCAAGCUUGCCUUUGUGAUACAGCUCCUUAAUUCGCUUUAUCAAAACUUAACAAACUCGGAUUUUAUGGUGAUUAAAAUAGUGAUCAAGCUGUAACGGGAAAAUGCGAGCUUCUCUGAUUUGCUCUUGACAACAGACGAUUGUGAUCUCAAAGCAAAUAUUCGAAAGUUCCGUUGGUAAGGAAAUUUUGGAACCUUUUUGAUAUAUGUUUCUUCGGUUGUCCAAGCGAGCCAAUUUAAGUUUUUGCCGCCAGAUAAGUUAGAAAACUUUUGGCGAGAAUUUGUCGGUUUGUUUAGUUUGAGACUAGGGAACUGAGGAGAGCUAGGAUCGAUUGUUUUUAUAUAGAGGGAACUUCGUCCUCUGAUCUUUUACAGUUGAUCUAUAAUGAAUCCCUUGUUAGUUAUAAAACGAGCAUACUAUCUAGAGAACCUAUUAUCGACCAUUUAUCUUCCAGAGCGUUCAAGGUAUAUCGCGUACAGCCUUUUUGAUUGGGAAUGUGUUGUUCAUUAAAACUUAAAAUCGUGAUCGAUUAAUAGCACAACCAGAAGCUAACCAGAGUGUUUGUUAUGUUUUCAAUCUAGAAAAUCGGGAAACACAGGCAAAAGAUCAAAAGCGAUCGCUUUUAAUAGUCUUGGUGAAUAUCUUUCUCGAUUAUUAAAUCUGCAUCCAUGGAGUCACGCAAUACGAUUGCUAGCAUGAAACCCUCAGCGCCCCGACAAACGUUGACAUGUUUUGGCAGGCUCUUCUUACUAGUGUAAAUUUUGUCAGUAUAGGGAGGAAAACAUUUGUCUGUUUUAGCGGCGUUCUCGUUUCCGUAACUUACUGGGUGCAACCGCUUGUUUCUACCCCCGGGGGGCGGGGGUACUCGAUAUAUCCUUGGGUGGGGAAGUGCGGCCCGGCCCCUCAUACCCUGACCCUGUUUAAGACAAAAAUCGCUGAUUUUCCUACCCUGUUUAGACAGAUUCCGAUUUUUGAUACCCUGUUUAAGACAUUUGACCCGAAACCAUACCCUGUGUAAGACAACAACAACAACAACAACAACAACAACAAGUUUAUUCAGUAUUACCAUUUUGUACAGGUAAAAUAACAAUAAUAAACAGCUAAGUUUAAGGAAAUGCAGAUAUGAUGAACGGUAGAAUUAACUAUGUUUCUUUCGUCUUUCAAAUGCUUGAAAGAUGAAAUUAGCAGCUAGCCUGCUGAUAUGUGAAUCACUAUUGUUAAAAAGAAAACAGACUUUAUCAUGGAUAUUGUAAUGUGUAAAUAAUGUAUUUCGGUCGUUGAUUUGUAAGACGGUAAUAAAUAUCGAAACUCUUCCUUAUUUAAUCCAUUGGCAAUCACAAAACUGUUUACAUCUUGAUCAACAGACUCGUAGUUUAGUUCAUAGAACAUACGCGCAGGCUGUUUAUCGUCCAAGAAAAGAUACCUCGUUUAAGACAAAAAUUGAUAAAAUCGAUACCCGGAUUAAGACAAAAAUCCAGACAAACAUACCCUGGCAGGCCGCACGUCCCCAUUAAGCCCUUAUAAGGGAGUACCCCCCCGGGUUUCUACCUUUGAAACUCGACAUUCCUAACUAAAAUCACGCAAUCUAUUAAUACUGUCACGCAGUGGAAGUUCAAAUAUAACGCACACUCUGAUUGGUUGAAAAAGCGUGCUUUAUGAGAGUGUAAAGCUGUCACGCCAUCUGGCAAUAGUUUGUUUUGAAAAUAACAGAAAGUAACGCGUGGGGGAAUUUAACGGAUUCUUUAUCAUAAGACAAUUAAAGAAGCUUUCACUGUGUUCUGUUUAACAAAUAAAUUCCAUGUUGCCGUGGGUCUGUUUAGUAAUAGAUCAGAGAUGACGUCAAAAUGUUUUAAAAACAAAGAAGUGGCAAACGAGCCGCAGGCUAGGUGAGUGUGUCACUGAUGUGUUUACCACAUUUUGACGUCUUCUGCGAUCUAUUACUGAACAGACCCAAACACAUACCUGUCUCGUACCGCUUGACUGUUCGAGGAUUUGCUAGCGUAUUAGGCAUUUUAAAGUCCCAAAUGCUACUUUUCGUCUCUACCUCUUCUUUUAUUUUUUUUGUCUUACUUGUAAACAGCUUCUUCGAAAAGUUUUUUUUACGUCUUCACUUGCUCAAAGCAGAAUAAUGGCGAAAACAUUUUGUAAAAAAGCGAGUCUCUCGUAGCGAUGAUUCACGAUGACAACUGUGUUGUGAAGUUUUCUUGCAGUUUAGGCAUUCUCAAGUUGUCAGAAAACUCUAUUUGUCUUCGUUUUUCUAUUUUUCGUCUUUGUAAAUAGCUCCUGCUAAACGUUUUUCAAGGCUUUAACUUUCUUAAUCCGAAAUAAUCACACAAACAUUUUCAAACCCGCGCGUCAUGUUGAACAAAACAAAGAAAACAAGUUUCCCGUGACGUCAUCCACGUAUCUGAUAUCUAAUACACAUGGGCAACGACCAAUCACAACGCGAGUAUCAUUCACAUCAUUAUAGCGGAGCCCUCGCAGCGAAGCAUCAUGGGUAAGGAAAUUUGGUUACCUAUGCAUCCAAGAAAUUUUGAUAGUCACGUGACAGUACGUCCGCCCGCCCGAUCGCCCAUCCGUCCGCACCACAGGCACACCAAUGUAAAACAACUCAAUUAACAGAUAUGGCAACCCAAAUGCAACAAAAGAUUUCAUUUGGCAGGAAAUCGCAUGGCCACCCUCACGUUUAGGGGAAAAAUAACCACAAGGUCGAGAAUUUUUCGACGUAAUUUCGGAUGUCUAUACUCACGUGAGUGAUUGAAAACAAAGGAUACGAAUUCGUUGGAAGAAAAACGUGAACAUUUCAUAGCGAAAAUGAGGAAUGCUAACGGCUAGCAAUGUGAAAAUGAGCGGCUGUGAAAGAAUAAAAGUGAACAGGAACCAAGUAACAAAAUUUUUGGUGAGCGCACACGACAAUUCCACCUUAAAAAUAAUAAGUAACUAGGAAGUUUUACGUUUAAGUCGUGCAAAACAACGGCAAAAAAAUGUACAAAAAAAAGUGUGCUGUACGUGCCAAUUUGUUUUUUCGCUAAUUAGAUUUAUUGAUUUUGAUUCCGUUCUCAUUACACGGUCCUACUUUUUAGUUUCUAAGUAUAUUAACCAGAGCUUUACUUUUAGCCGUGGCUAAAUCUGUAUACUAUACAAUGUUAUCUGUUGUAAAGCACUUAAGAAGCAGCUAGAGCACUCAGGGAGACUACGUCACGUGUUCCCCCUACUUCUUUAUUUAUUCAGUGAUGGGAAAAAAAAAGUAUAACAGGUUGUUAAUUCUCAAUGUUAAUUAGAUAUUAAAUGUUUAGCCUUUAGGGAUAUCAUUACCAGUAAGACUUGCUAUUUUUCAGGGUAAACAGAUGACGGCAUACAACUUGCUUAUGAAUGAGAUUUUGUCUAAAAUAUUCACAACAAACAAUAUCAAUUCGUCACUCCAGUCGAAAUGUGGUGAAAAUUAGAAAAUAUAAAAACCCAACCAAAAAAUCAGCAAUUCUUGUCUCUGUCUUGUAUUUCAGUGCUAUUGUCACCGAGAUAGUACGGUAUAUAAACUGUUUUCUCUUUGUUGCGCAGACAAAUGGAAGAACUAAUUCAAACCCAGAACUCCCAAAAGACCCCAAAAUAUUAACAGAGAUGGUGAUGAACCUAGAGAGGCAAGUGCAAGAGAAGGAUGACACGCUCCGUGAUAUCAGUGACAAAUUAUCGCGGAAGUCCGAGGAAUGCGAAAGUUUAAUCGAAGAGCAUGAAAUGAUCAGAAGCAAAAGUUCGUUUGACCUGCAACAGGUAGGUACUCUUUAUGGCGCUAAAAUUUUAACAGCAUCUUUUUAACUGAAUUGUGCCAGUGGAGUCUAGCUGAGUCAGCUUGAGUCUGCCUGGGGAGGCGAAGAGGUUGACCGGUUCUGGGCUUUGACCAUUUUCUUAUCAAGUAAUAAGAUCAAAGCAAUUAGAGGAAGAUCGAUUAACAAGAUACAUUUCUAUAAUUAAGGCGAAUUUUCAUGACAAAAACUUAGAACAGAUUGGAUCGAUAGGAGAGCUGAUGUGUAACUAACUCGUGUCCCGCGCGUCCGGAGAGUUCAACAUAGAGGUGAGCCGCUGAGGGUUUGAAAGCCUGACCAUGUUGAGGACAAAAAAUUCCUAAAAUACAUACCCUUUUUAGGACAACACCCUCAAUUUUAUUACCCUGUUUAGGACAAAGGGCAAAAUGCACCCCGUCUUGUUUUAAAGCCAUUUGUUGGCAAUUGCGAUGGAGAAAAUUGACGUUAUAGUCGUUGCUUUUGUAUACUUGGAGCACAAACAAAUUUCAUCAAACAAAUCAACUCAAUCGUGCAAGCAAUACCCUUGUCACAAUUAAGACAGACUUUCUCGAAAUGAUCUUCCCUGUUUAGGACAGAGAGGAAAGUCUGUUUGGGAGUUUUUUUCCAACCUGGGCGGGUGGUUGAACUGUAAAAUGUACUCGCUUCGCCAGGUACGCGAUGUAUCCAUUCUUUACAUAUGCGAGAAGCUGUACAGUUUCUAGUCUCUGACAGUUCAAGGCUUGCCCCAAUGUUAUCACUACCCCUGGGAAGGGCCCUUCUCGCACUUCCUACUGCAUAACUGCUACAUUACGUGCCUCGAUCGCCGAUCGUUUGCCACUGACCUUUGGUGCGAAGGUUCGCUACGUAACGUUAAGAACUCCAGGGUAUGGAGGUGGACGUUCGUCCCCAUUUUUUAUUGUCUUUUGUUUUAUUCUUGUCCUUCCAUACUCCUUAAGUCUGAGUAUUGGAGAACUAAAACAUACUUCAUUUGCCAGGUAACCGAAGAUCAAGACGCUCUUCAAGAAACACUCCAGAAAAAAGACAGAUACAUACAGGAGAUGGAGGGACGCCACAGACAGGAAACCAGGGAACUGAAGAAAGAGCUUGAAGAAAUGAACAGUGAACACGAAAUCGAGCUGGAAAUGUUGAGGAAGGAGAUGGAGGAUUUAAAACUCAGGGAAGAGCGCUGGAAACGAGUGGCGGAAUUAAAGAAGGAAUCUGAUUACGAUUCCAGUGACGUUGGAUCUCGUGAUCAUUCACCUGAAGUCGAGGCUUUGAAAGAGCAAAUGGCAGCACUACAGAGUAAUUAUGAAGACGAGAUUACAGUUCUUAAGGAAAAGCUGCAAACUCAAAUUAUGAAGGCAUCCGAAGCGGUCGAAAAGGUAGAGAAUCAAGAGUUUGAGUUCCAAGAGAGCUUAAGCGAGCUUAAGAUUGCGUUUGAACAAGAGAAAAAGGCGCUUUUGAGGGCGCAUCAAGAGGAGAUCGAUGAACUGAACAGUAAAAAGACCAAUCAUAUCGAAAUAAGCCAUAAUGUUUCCAUGGACGCGUCACAAAAAGAGCAUUACGAAAACCAGAUUCAACAGUUACAAGAUCAGGUUGCAAAUUUGAGCAGUCAGCUGGAAGAAAGCGAUAACCAAAUGGCUCAGGAUUUACUGAUUAUGAAAAACGAGUUUGAAACUCAGUUAGAAGAAGCAAAGGGUGAAUUUGACAGCGAAAAAGAAGUGCUGAAGAAAACCAUAACAGAACUCAAAACUCAAGCCGAGGACGUGAUUACUAAACACCACGAAGACAUUGAACAACUGGAGCAAGCAUUUAAGAGAGAAAAGGAAGAAUUGUUAGUCAGUUCUCAGAGUCACGAGGAUCAAGUUAUCGCCGGCAAAGCCAUGCACAAGAAACUCGAAGAAUAUGAAAUUGAGAUAAGGGAGCUCAAAGAGAAUCUUCAAAAGGAACGAAACGAAUUUAUCGAGUCGCGUGAAUUAUUGGAAGGUAUGCUUUCAGAGCAAGAAAAAGAAUCUGAAGAAAGAGAAGAAAAACUUCGAGACGAACUCAACGAAGAGCAUCAAAUGAAAGUCGACAAGGUUGUCUCCGAUUAUGAACAACGUUUGCAAGCAGCGGAGAGGAGUCAUAUUGAAGGAAAAGAACUUGAUGAAGAAAAGAGAACAUCAGAAGAACUUCGGCUGGAAAUCAAAUCAAUAAAAAGGGGACACGAAAGGGAACUUGAAAAACUUUACGAAACUUUGGAAACUCUUCAAUCCGAGAAUGAAAAUCUGAAGAGGGAAUUCGAUUUAGUGGUAGGGGAUCUUUCCAGCGAAUUGGAGACCACCAAGAAUGACGGCAAUCAGGGGGUAAAGCGAAAGACCUCUCAUGUGCUGAGGGAACAAAUUGAGAUAAUAAAAGGAAAUCAAGAGGAACAAAUAAGGUUGUUAGGAGAGGAUAUAGAAUGGUACAAACAAAAAGUCGCCGAGCUUGAAGGCGAAGUGGAAAGACUGCGAGGCGUGGAAGGAAGAACCGAGGCAGAUACGGAUUUGCAUACAAGAACUGCUGAACUUGAAUAUGAACUGGAUGUUUUAAGGGAAGAAAGCCAGAAUACUGAGGCAGAGCUUGAAGAAUACAAAACUAAAGUUUCAGAUCUUGAAAGACAGUUAACACGUAGCAAGAAUACACUUGAGCAAAAUUCUGAGCAAGAAGAACGCUUGCAAAAAAUAUCUGGACUUGAAAAGCAGCUUGAAGGCGCGAUUGAGGCAAAGAUGAACUCUGAGGCUAAACUGGAAGAGUACAAAACAACUGCGGAGAAUCUACAGAAAGAGAUUACUGAAUUGAGUCAAACAAAUAAGAAGCUUGCUUCCGAGGUUAUGAACUACGAGUUACAGCUCCAGAAUCUCAAUGAAGAGUUGAAAACCACAAAAGAGAGGUCUAUCGAUGAGUUUACAACUAUGCAAGAUACGAUAGCUAAGCUGGAAGCUGAAAAACGAAACCUAGAAAAUACAAUGGAGAAGCAAUUGAAAGAAGGUGAAAUGAAGAUGUCUAAACUCAGGGAAAGCAUCGAAAAAGAGAAAGAGGAUAAAGUUGCAGCUGUUGACGCGCACAAGAAGAAGUCUGACGAAAUCAUCCUAAGGCUCAAUGAAAAUAUCAAAGUACUCGACGCUGAUUGCCAAAAGUACAGAAAAGAAAAGGAUGCUUUGGUGCAAGAGAUACAACAACUACGGAAAAGGGGACUGGAAGAUGAAGAGGAAACCAGCAAAAAAGUUUCACGGUACGAAGAGACAAUUAAAAAACUCUAUGCGAAAACUGAAAGCCUUGAGAAUUAUCAAACGCAGUCUGAGAUCGAGAAAGAAGACCUGCGAGAAGAAUUACAAACUCUUCGUUAUUCACAGGAAAUAGAACCAAUUGUUUCUGCGCAAGCGGUCAACGACAAUUUUGCGGGAAACCCUGGUUCGAACUUGGGUUUAGAAUACGAACAACAGAUGAAGGGACUUGCAGAAGACUAUGAAGAAAAAAUUGAGAAGUUGCAGGCAGAACUGGAAGCCGAAAGAAGUAAAUCCGCCUCUAACACUAGAAGAAUCGAGUCUACUAAUUAUGAGAUUGAAACGUUGCGCCAAACCCUUGAGGAGGAAAGACUUUCUGUUAAAAAUUCACAGGAUCGCAUGAUUAAAAUGCAGGAAAGACACGACGAAGAGGUAAAGAACUUAAAAGAACAGUUGCAUGUUAGUGAGAAGGAUAAUGAAGCAAAGAAAUUAUCCAAUCAGGAAGUUGUAGAGAAAGAAUUUUCUAAGACAAUCAAGACUCUCGAGGCCGACUUAGAAACUACACUUCAGGCGAACAAUGAGAAAGCAGAGAAACUCAACGAUGUCAAGUCACAACUUGAGAAAGCUUGGCACACAAAUGAAGCGCAAGAGAGAGAAAUAACAAAGCUUAAUUAUGAGAUUGAAGAAUAUCGAAGACAACAAAAGGCAAAGGACGCCAGCUCCACUGCAGAACAGCUGACAGCUAAAGAAGUGCAUGCGAAGACGGUCCAGGUUCUAAAAGCUGAUUUGGAAGCACAGCGCAAAUUGAAUGAAGAACAAAAAAAUCAGAUAAAUGAGCUAAAACUAGAGCUUGACACAUUUAAGCAACAGAAAUUAACACAUGAAGCUAAUCUAACAGCUGAACAACUUAAAGUAAACGAAGAACACGCUAAAACGGUGGUCGGUCUCAAAGCUGAAUUAGAUACAGCGCAUAAACUCAAUGAAACUAAACAAAAAGAAAAAGAGGAACUUAAACAAAUGCUUGAAGAUUUUCAGCAGCAGCAGGUAGCCCAUGAGGCCAAUUUAACGGCAGAGCAACUCAAAAUUAGCGAAGCUCAGAAAUCGCAGAAGCAAGAACUUAAGAAAAUAACGAAAGAAAAUGCAGCUUUGAAGUCCCAGUUGGAAAGUGUUCAACACACCAAUCGAAUGCAAUCUGAGGAAUUGUCAAGAAGUAAGUUUGAACGUGAUCAGCUAGAAAAGACACAGAAGCAAUAUGAAAAGAACAUCCUGGCUGAACACAUGAAAGCAGAUGAAGGAAGUGCUAGGAAGAUUAAAGCGUUAGAAGAGGAGGUGAAGCGAAAAACAGAGGAAAUGUCAAAGUUAUUCACUGUACUUGACACAGAGCAGAAAGGGCGAGAAAGAGUGUUGUUAGAAACGGAAAAGCACCUAACGCAUAUGCAUCAAGCGGAACAAGAGAAAAUCAAAUCAGAGAGAGUCAUCUCUGAUCUUAAAAGCCACAAUAACGAGCUUAGAGGUGAGCUCAUAAAAGAAAAAGAAAAGUUUUCCCGUUAUGUUUCUCAAAGUGAGAAAGCGCAGUCAGAAGAACAUGAAGAAGUUGAGAAACUUAGUAGAUCGUUGACUGAGUCGGAGAUGGACAAGGGAAAGUUGACGGGCGAAAUAGAGACAUGUAAGGACGAACUGAACAAAUUGCAAGAAAAGUAUAACAAAUUAAAAGAAAAGUUUUUAGCUCUAAAGCAAAAACACAAAGAGGAAAAGGAGAAGUACGAUGAAGUUCUCCUCACUCCGAGAAUCGAAAUGGGAUUACAAACAAGCCUUCUUGAACCUGAUGAUCUGAAUCAAACAAAGGAACAGCUUUGCUCUUCGAUGAAAGAACAGGUUAGAUUAGAGGACGAGUUAGAAAUUCUACAACGCGAUAUUAACAAAAAAAAAAGCGAAAUUCAAGCUCUGAAGCGAGCAAAUGAAGUUCUUAGAAGGCAAAAUCAAGUUCUUUAUCUCGAAACGGAAAGCUUGAGAAAAUCGGGUCACAGAGAAGGAGUUGAUUUGCCCAGUAUUGAAAAGGAGAAUGAAAAAUUGAUCCAAGACAAGGAAAAUCUUGAGAUAGAAAAUAGAUUUCUCAAAGAAGCAUUGAGUGAGAGGGAGAAACAAGAAGAAGAAAGUCAGGAAAAAGAAAGUUUAUCAGAUAAUAUGACUUUGAAGAAUCAAUUGCGAGAAUCAAAGGAAAAUCAAGUAAGAAUCGAACAAGAAAAUUCAAAACUACGGGAAGAAAACGACUUCUUGUUAAAGCAAGGUAAACGUUUACAGUCUCAGGUUGAUAAAUUAGAAGAGGAAGUUGGAAGGUUAAAAGGACGAACUCCUGUGACCUCAACACCUAAAAGCAACACUCAGCCCCCGGCUUUUGUCAGCGAAUUUAUUCGCAGCGAGACUGGGAAUCAACUGAAUGUGGAGUCAUUACCAGAGUCUUCUUUAAUGGCUUCGCCAAGUUCAUCUCUCGAGGCGCAACGAUAUGCAGAGGAAAAUCAGCGUAUAAAGGAACAGCUGCUUGUUUUACAAACGCGGUUAAGAUCAAAAGAACAUGAUGUUAAAAUACAAAACAACUUGCAACCAGAAGCAGUGCAAGAUUUAGUGAACGAGAGACAGGAGCUGUUGGCGCAAAUUGAAUCAUUGAAGGAACUGCUUGAAAAACAUGAUGACAAAGAAUUAAACAACAACCAGACAAAAGCCAAUCCAAAGGUCAGUAAAGAUAUACUCUUCUUUUUGAGCGCGCACUUUUGCAAUUAAGACCUCUUCUCCGCCGACAUUAGGGAUUACCUGCGUCACAGACUUAGCAUUAGAGAACAGCCGACAUUUCGCGACCCCACCACUGGACACAUGUACCUUGCGAACUGAAGAAUGAGGAACGAGCGCAGAAAUCUAUACUGAUGACGUUUCACAACCCAGACCAGGUAGUGUUUAUGAUUGGUUAAAGCAAAUUUCCCUUGCGGUGCGACCAAUCAGAAGCACUACUCAGAGGUAGUGACCAGUCAACAGUGUGGAAUUUCUGCGCUCUCUCCUCAGACGUCAUUUCGCGAGGAAAUAGUGAUGGCUUCCUGAAAAAUCGGCUGUUUUUUCCAGGCUAUCUUUGACGUUAUUCUUAGUGGAUAAUUUUCACAAGCGUAAUGGUGAAUUCCGUCCGAAACGCGGGCUACUCUACCCUUGGUGUCAGAAACAUGUGUAGUUUAUGCGUAGUUUCCAGUUUUGUUCAAGUCUUUAGUGAAUUGACGUGUCCACCGUAUGCGAGUAGAAACUCUGGUAACCAGGGUAAGGCUUUUCCAUAGGGGUCUGUGUAAAGGGACUAUCCGUUAUCCGAGAUGACUAAAGGCGCGAAAGCAAAAAAAGAAGUCCAUAUGCCUGCCGGAUUGUUGCGUCUUAUUAGAUAGAAGUUAAAGAGGGUUGAACAUUGAGCAUUGGAGAGUGAAGCUGUUUAGAGACAUUCAAGCGUAUUAUUAAACUGGAGAAGGCUCAAACGGCUUGGGGUUUGAACCUUUCAUCUGAAGAACUCAGCCUCGUGAAGCGUUAGCGCUCGAAGCAUUAGCUUUUCAGGGCGCUUUUCCCUUCGCUAGGGUAAAGCGCCAUGAACAAGGUUGGGUGGCCACUUUGUAAAGUUUCUUGAGAAACUAACUCGUUUAUUUCUUUUCCAGGUGAUGGAGUGGGUUUGUAACGAAAAAGCUAACACUUCAGCUGGACACUUGUUUUCUUCACCGCUUCAGACACCAAGAUCAGGUCCGACCCCUGUAACUGGCUUUACUGCGUCGAAUCUUCAAGAAUUUGACUUUUCAGUGGAAAGUUACCUUGGCUCAGCUUACUGGGAAGCGUCUAAGUUUCUUGACAGAUUGCAGCAAGUCAACUGAAAAAUAUUCAUUAUUUCGAGCUUGAUUUGUUCGAGUUACCUAGUAGCAAAAUUGACUGAUAUGAAAGUAUGCGGGGUGAAUGGUUGUUUAGUCUGUAUGUCACAGAUUAGAGACGUUUUGAAAGAAGAGAAGCCGCGGAAUUCGAGCCGCGCAUGUUCCUGGAAUGUUGAAUGCUGAGGCGAAAACGAAUAGACCAAUCCUGCGCCCGCGGGUUAUACUUGUACCAUAAUACAAUAGCCACUGAAAAUCUAUUUUGCGCAAAAUUUUUCAGCCAAAACAGAGGACAUCAACCACGUUUUUUAUGCUCCAAAUAAGCAAAAAAAAACGUACCUUUCAGCGUACUUGGCAUGACCCGUCUCUUGCAAAUUUGUAACCGCGUUUUGGACUCUUCAUUGAAGUAUACAGAUCAUACUCAUGACGACGAAAGAUUACUAGAAAGAUCUUAUUACUUUAA